GCACACGCGACACACACAGCACAGCACUAGUGGUACUGCCCAUCCACUCCAUUCCAUCCCCGCACGCAGUCUCCCCACCUGGUCAAACCACUCUCCGUCUCUCCCCCACCCCCACCACCACGGCCUCCACCAAUCCACCAUGCCUCCCUCGCCCCUGCUCCUCCUCCUCCUGCUCGCCCUAGCCCUCACCCUCCCGCCCGCCGCCCCGCAGCCGCCGCCGGGCUCGCCGGCGGCCCCCCAGGAGGACGACGCGCGGUGCCUCCGCGGCGUCAAAACCAACCUCAAGGACCCCGACGGCCGCCUCUCCUCCUGGACCACCAACUCCACCGCGGGCGCCGUCUGCAGCUUCUCCGGCGUCACCUGCUGGAACCCGCAGGAGUCGCGGGUCCUCUCCCUCUCCCUCUCCGGCUUCGCCCUCCAGGGCCCCAUCCCCUCCUCGCUCCAGUACUGCGGGAGCGCCAACACCUUCGACUUCUCCAACAACGCCCUCACCGGCCCCAUCCCGCCCGCCCUCUGCGACUGGAUCCCCUUCGUCGUCAACCUCGACCUCUCCGGCAACCGCCUCUCCGGCCCGCUCCCCGCCGAGCUCGCCAACUGCCGCUUCCUCAACUCCCUCAAACUCAACGACAACGCCUUCACCGGCCAGAUCCCCGCCUCCCUCGCCCGCCUCGACCGCCUCAAGUCGCUCGACCUCUCCAACAACCAACUCUCCGGCCAGAUCCCGGCCCAGCUCGGCGCCGCCUUCUCCAAGGACUCCUUCUCUGCCAACCCCGGCCUCUGCGGCCACCCCGUCUCCUCCCGCUGCGGCGGCGGGCUGGGCGGCGCCGGCCUCGGCAUCGUCAUCGCCGCCGGGGUCCUCGGCGCCGCCGCCUCGCUCCUCCUCGCCUUCUUCCUCUGGCGAUGCACCGGGAAAACCAAAGCCGGCCGCCGCCGCCGCCGCGGAGUCACCGAGUCAUCCCCCACAACCGCCGAGGAAGGGAGCUGGUGGGCGGAGCGGCUGCAGGCCGCGCACAACCGCCUAGCACCAGUAUCCCUCUUCCAGCAGCCGAUCGUCAAGGUCAAGCUCGCCGACCUGCUAGCCGCCACGCAGUGUUUCAGCACUUCCCACAUAGUAGUCGCCGGGAGCUCGCGCGCGGGGACCGCCUACCGCGCCGUGCUGCGCGACGGCUCCGCCCUCACCGUCAAGCGCCUGCACUCCUGCCCGCUCUCCGAGAAGGCCUUCCGGUCCGAGAUGGGCCGCAUCGGGCAGCUGCGGCACCCCAACAUCGUGCCGCUGCUCGGCUUCUGCGUCGUCGAGGAGGAGCGGCUGCUCGUGUACAAGCACAUGGAGAGCGGGGCUCUCUCCAAGGUCAUGAAAGAGCCAGGGGAGACGUUGCUCGACUGGGCGACGCGGCUCAGGAUCGCCGCCGGGGCCGCGCGGGGCCUCGCGUGGCUGCACCAUGGGUUCCAGGUUCCGCAGGUUCACCAGAACUUGAGCUCCAGUGCGGUGCUGCUCGACGAGGACUACGAGGCUCGGAUCACGGAUGUCGGGCUCACGAGGCUGGUCCGGAUGGCACCCGGUGAAGGUGGAGAUACAAGCCCUUUCCUCAACGGCGACUUCGGGGAGUUCGGGUAUGUUGCCCCGGAGUAUGCUAGCAAUCCAGUUGGCACCAUGAAGGGCGAUACAUAUGCGUUCGGGGUCAUCCUGUUCGAGCUCGUCACCGGGCAGGAGGCUGCCACCGUGUCAAGCGAUGUAGUCGGCGAAGGGUUCAAGGGGACAUUGGUGGAUUGGGUAUAUCAGCUCAAGAGCUCCGGCCGAAUCGCCGAUGCUGUGGAUAAGUCGUUGAGCGGGAAGGGCCAUGAUGCGGAGAUCAGCGAGUUCUUGAAGGUGGCGUUUCAGUGUAUUGUGGCUCGCCCAAAGGAGAGGAUCUCAAUGUACCGGGUUUACCACUCUCUCAAGACUAUCGGAAGGGGCCGUGAUGUCUCGGAGCAGUUUGAUGAGUUCCCCCUGGCCUAUAACAAGGAUGACUCGGACACCAUGUAAAUUACGGUGACCGACCCUCGGAUUGCAAACCGCUUGCCCAAGCUACAUAUGCUACUUGCAUAGUCCUGCCACUUGAAUUGAUUGGGGGCAUGCCAAGCCAAGCAAAAGCACACCAUAACUAUUGCUGGAUGCUCUGCUGGAUCAUGGCUCCAUCUCCUGUUGAGAUAAUCAUGUAAGCUGUAUGAUUAGUCUGUAUUGUCCUUAAAAAUUAUUGCUAGUGCUUGUAGUAUCUCUGUGGAACUGUAAUUCUUGUUGUGUCUAAAUUCUGAUAUCACAUUCCUUCUUGGAACAAAUACUAGCAUGUUCUCCAGUCAGAUUGCUAUUCAAAAUUUUGAUCUCUUA